AUGUCUGAAACAACAUGUUUGAACUUGGCAACCGAUAAACCAAGCAGUGUUCCCAAGUUUGUCGCGAACUGCCUCGGUGGCGAAGUCAACAGAGAUGAGUUCACCUCAUAUCGGUGGGAGCUGGGAAUUGCAGAAGUACGCCAUGAGAUCAAUUCGAACGUAAUCCCAAUUGGAAAAAUAAAGCUGGGUGGGCAAUUGCAUCGGGCGCUACUGUUCAAAUUCCUCGCAGACCGAAUCGGUUUGCCGACAAAUCUGACUCGCGGAGAGUACGGCCGGUCGUACAAUGAGAUCCUGUUACAAAAUGACUCACACUUUCCAAUAGAAGCCUACACUGUCGAUCUUAUGUUCGAACCUGGAAGGUUGAUGAAAUCCACAUCCACCGAAGCGCGUGUGUACACCACGGUGUUGUAAACAGAUGGAUCCUAUAUUUGAUACGCAAAAUCUCUAGAAUUUCAAUAAGUUUUUUUGUACUAGACUUUCAAGAAUAAACAAAU